GAUGCAAUGGGAUUGGUUGUGAAAAAUGCUAUAUGUAUGUAAUUACUUGUAAUGGGAAACUAUUUGAUAAUAGAAAUAGAGGACGCAAAGAGUAUCAAGCCCAUAAAGACUUAUUUGGAACUGAUUAAUGGUUUGAAUAAGCAAAAAAAAAUUUCAAGAACUGAUACUAGUACUAGAAUAUUUACAUAUUUAACAGAUAUCAAUGAUUUACCUCAUGAGUUAAAACAAUCAAUAGCUAGUAUUAAUGAGUAUAAUGAAGACUUUAAGGAAACUUCCAAUAAUAACAGUAAUGGGUUGGUGAGUUCCAUUAUUGAGUUCUUUAACAAAAAUAAUUUACAUGUACAAGAGGAUAAAUUAAUCGAGCAUAUACCUAAGAAAUGGUCAAUUUAUCCUCCGAUGAUCCUCUUUAAUUAUAAUUCAUUUGACAAUGAAAUAUGGCAUAACGUUGACUUCAAUGCUUUAUUUGAAUAUAUUAGGAAUAAAAAGUUGUUUGGUUCUGAAAUUACCCAUUUUGCUGUUAAUCAACCUAUAAUCAAAACCAAUAACGAAAUGAGAAAACCAGUUAAUUUGAUUCCAUUAUAUGGAGAUUUUGGUCCAGACAAUAAAUGUGAUUCAAUACCCACACAGGAAGACUUUUCUCUGGCAUUUUGGUGCACAGUUAUUCAAAAUGGUAUAUUCCAAACUUGGUGUCCCAAAUAUACUAUGUUUUCAAGAGGUAACAUAAAAGAAAAAGCUAGAAUUUUAUCUACUUAUAAGAAUUUGAAUAAUUCUAUAGUAUUUGAUUUAUAUUGUGGAAUUGGAUAUUUUUCACUUAGUUACUUGAAGAAUGGAGCCACCUUAUUCUGUUGGGAGUUGAAUCCAUGGUCAAUUGAAGGAUUCAGAAGAUCUAUUAAUGGUAAGUAUAAGUAUAGGAUUGUUCAAAAAGAUGAUGAAAAUUUUAAUUAUGAAAUAUAUCAAGAAGAUAUUAAGAAAGGUGUAAGAGUAUUUUUAUUUGUUGAAAGUAAUGAAAAUGUUACGAGAAGAUUAACGACAUUCCCAUCAAAUUCAUUGAAUAUAAGUCAUAUAAACUUAGGAUUAUUACCUACAUCAUAUAACUCAUGGUUGCUAACUAGAAAGAUUUUACAAGAGUACCGACAAAAACUGGUAGAAUCAACCCUUAUUCACAUUCAUGAGAAUUAUCAUAUUGAUGAGAUUCAAAAGUUAAUUGAGUUUAUUAAAAGCGAGUACGGAGUAAGUAAUGAUGACCAGAUAAAAGGGAUUAAUAAAAUCAAGUCAUAUGCCCCAGAUAUUUGGCACUUAGUUAUAGAUUUACAGUAUUAAAAUUAUAUAGAGAUAUACAGCCGUUAGGGCUGUAACUGAUAGAUAGGAGAAUAAUAAUACGCAAAUGAAUGAAUGAAUGACUAGAUGUAAUGGCGUGGAACAAUGAUUACAAGUUAAAAAAGGAGGGGG